UACAACAAUCCUCCUUUAUUUUCCAAAAGGUGUCUGUGCUCUGUGGAACCACAGAACAUAACAGGUGUCUUGAAAUUUCUCCUCCUGGGACUCUCAGAUGAUCCAGAACUGCAGCCUCUAAUUUUUGGCCUCUUCCUGUCCAUGUACCUGGUCACCAUGCUGGGGAAUCUGCUCAUCAUCCUGGCUGUCAGCUCUGACUCCCACCUCCACACCCCCAUGUACCUCUUCCUCUCCAUCCUGUCCAUGGCUGAUAUUGGUUUUACUUCUACAACCAUCCCCAAGAUGAUUUUGGACAUCCAAACUCACAACAGAGUCAUCUCCUAUGCCGGCUGCCUGAUUCAAUUGUCUUUUUAUUCUUUCUUUGGAUGUCUGGACAGUACACUCCUCACUGUGAUGGCCUAUGACCGGUUUGUAGCCAUUUGUUACACUCUGCACUACCUGGUCAUCAUGAACCCCCGUCUCUGCAGCCUGCUGGUUCUAGUGUCCUUUUUGAUCAGUCUUUUGGACACUCAGUUGCACUGCUUGUUGAUGUCACAACUUUCUUUUUGCACAAAUGUGGAAAUUCCUCAUUUUUUCUGUGACCCUGCUCAACUCCUCAAGCUGGCCUGUAAUGAUACCUCCACCAGUGAAAUAGUAAUCUAUAUUAUUGGUGUCAUCUCUGGUGGAGUUCCACUCUCAGGGAUCAUUUUCUCUUGUUAUAAAAUUGUUUCCUCCAUUCUGAGAGUCCCAUCAUCAAGUGGGAAGUAUAAAGCCUUCGUUACCUGUGGUUCUCAUCUGUUAGUUGUUUGCUUAUUUUAUGGAACAGGCCUUGGGGUGUACCUUAGUUCGACCAUUUCACAUUCUCCCAAGAAAGGUGCAGUGGCCUCAGUGGUGUAUACAAUGGUCACCCCCAUGCUGAACCCCUUCAUCUACAGUCUGAGGAACAGGGACAUCAAGAGAGCCUUGCAGAGGCUCCUCAACAGAACAACAUAG